AGCCCACUAGAUUAUCUAUCCUUUUCCCAUCAACUACACACACCAACAAGAACAAGAACAAGAACAAGCAAAGAUGUCCUCUUCCCUCCCUCCCCGCGACCCCGCUCUCGAGAAGCCCCAGAGCCAGCUCUCCCACGGCGCCAACCUGGAGCAAGCCACCCGCAAAGUCAACCGGUUCGCCAAACGCGACCCCGCCUUGUACCCUUUGAGUAUCAUCGUGACUGGUGUUUUGGGCGUUGCUGGGUAUUUCUUCUUUACAAAGUCAACAGAGCCCGAGCCGCAGAGAAAGUUGAUGGCCAGCGGGAUGGUGCAGCCCUGGGACAGCGCGAGUCAGCACGAGACCCAUCCUUCUUCGGUGGCGCAGUUCAAGUACCGAUACAAGACUAGGGAUGGGCACUAUGAGGAUGCGCAUCCUACUUUGAACCAGACUGUCGAGCAGGUAAGUCCCUCCUCUUCCGAGUUGAGGAACAGGCUGAUGGGAAGGUAUAGUUGAAGGAGCACAAUGCGCACAAGUACCGUACUGCCUAAGUCUGCCUGGAAGUCUUGCAGCGAGGUCUGGUGAUAUAGUUUGUCCGGUCAGCAUUGAGUCGAUAGCAAUUGUACAAGUAAAGCAAGAAUCAGAAGUUUAGUUGAGCCAAAGAGCUAGCAUUCAUGUAUCGCAAUAAUCCAA